AUGGCUAACAUCUGUUUCAGAUUCAUUAUUGUAUUAUUUUCCCUCGCGUGUCUAGUGCUUACUGCAUUUGCACUAUCAGGAUCAUAUACAAAUAAAUCCUAUUUGACACCAACAUAUCUUAUAAACUUUCACUUGAAUAAAUUGGAUUUACGACAAAUUAUUAGUUCCAGUAUUGGAAGCAACAGCAACAAAAAGAGAGCUGACGAAACUACAUCAACAUCAACCCCAACUGCAACUGCAACUGCUACUACAUCAGGCUCAGUUCCUUCAAAUGUUCAACAAUGGAUCGAUGCUGCAAGUAGCUUGGCUGGAAGCUUACCAUCGGACUUGGGUAGUGCUGCUUCUGCAUUGGGAACAAAUUUACCCUCUUCGGUGCCUAGUGACGUUGCAUCAGCUUUAUCAUCGAGUCUUCCUACUGGUGAUAUUGAGCUGGCCGUUUCUGCUGCCAUUGCUAACUUGUUGAGUAGUGUAACCCCAGAAGAAUUGGGAAUUGCCGAUAUCUAUUCCGUAAGUUACUGGGGAUAUUGUCGUGGAGAUUUGAAAAGUAACAAAUCAGAGGUAUAUGAUGAUGCUUUAGGAAGAACUGUUAUUGAAAAUUUCGAAAAUUCAAAUAUCGAUUAUACUUGGUGUUCAAGUCCCAAAGCAGGAUAUUUUUUCGAUCCUGCUACGGUUAUUAGAGAAGAAUUGAAUAGAACCAUUGAAGGAGAUAAAAUUGAUGCUCAGGCGGGAUUAAUUGAUGGGUUAUCUGCUCAAGACAUUGAUGACUUGAGAGUGUUGGUUAAUAAUAUUGCUGAUGAAUAUAUAAACUUGCCUGGUGAUUUGCAAAACGACUUAACACUUUUGAAUAAUGUCACCACGGCAUCAUUCGCCUUGAUGAUUAUUGCUGCUGCGUUGUCCUUCCUUGUGAUUGUAUUUCAACUUAUCGCCAUGUGUCUUUCGCCCGACAAUUGUUGCUUGUCGUUUCUCAAUUUUUCGCUACAACUACUCACGUUCCUUACUUCGAUAUUAUCAGCAGCUCUUGCCACUGGUGCUUAUGUGUUUGUCAGAAGAAAAGUCAAUGAUGAGGUGGGCGAGUAUGGUAUCAAAUCGUUCUUGUCAAUAAACUUUUAUGCUUUUGCUUGGUCUGCAGCUGUUGCUGCAUUCUUGGUUGUGGUGUUUAGCGCAAUUGGUCACUGUUGUGGCUGUUUCAGUGGUGGAAGAAGAGGAAGAAGAUACAAGGAAGUUUCAGCAUAUGAACAUAAAGGUGAGUAUUGA